CUCCCCGUUUCACUCUUGACCACCACAACAUACCAAAAAAGUUAAAUUAGUGUGCUGCUUUGCGUAUAUAAUAUUGAGUUUGGGGGGAUGGCUCCGUUUGUGGAACAUAUCCCUUUGAAGUAUGAGGAUGAGUUUGGCUCCCAGGGGCCAUGUAAAAAACUAAGUAUGGUGGCUCACAAUUGCAAUCCCACAGGUAGUGAGAUCACCUCAGUCUAGGCUACUUGAUGAAGUUCCAGACCAAUUAAAGACCUUGUCUUAAAAAAAGUAUGGAAGGGGCCUGAAGACACCUGAUGUGAUCCUCUGAGCUUCACGCACCGCCCCAUGCACAUAUACAUGAAUUUUAUGCCACGAUGCAGACUCUCCUUAUAUGUGUAUGUAUGGAUGUGUAUCAACACAUCCAGAGUUUGAUUUUUUUUUGGGGGGGGGGCGCAGGAUCUCACAUAGCUCCAGGCUGGCCUUGAACUCACUAUGUAACGUAGGCUGGCCUUCAACUACUGAUCCUCUGGACUUUACCUCCCAAGAACUGGGAUUUAAAGCAAGCAUCACCAUGUACAGCUUCUCUUUAUGUGUUUUAAAUAUCCUUCCUGGCCCCUCUUUCUCUUAAUACCUUAAGUUUGAAGGCUUUUUCCCUCAGUCGUUUCAUUUUGUGAAUUUUCAGCUGCCUUGCUUUUGCUUAAUGGGAAAUGUCUUUGCACCCCUGCAACAGUCUUGGUCCUGGAAGGUCAGUCUGGAAAAAGUCUGUCACUCUAGAGUGGAAUUGCUUGCUGUUCCAGGGCCACAUUAGCUGGUGGGAGAUCUGGAACCAGAAUGCUGCUUUGAAAGUGUUGGGCCUAAAAGUGGGGUCUAACUUCCGGAGAUGCAACCCACAGAGUCACUCUCAGGAUGCAAGUUCGAUGCAAAAGCAAAAGGGUUUUAUUCCGACAUGUUGGGGUCUUUCUCUGAGAAGAGAUCAACCCCCAGGUUUUAAAGCAAGCAGUUUUUAUAUCUUUCUAGCUGCUAGGCAGCAUAUUGAUUAGCUAUAACAUAUAUGAAUCAUUUACUGAUUGGUUGAGAAUUGAACUUACAAUUUGCCCACGAGGGUUUGGAAUGUUAUUUUUGGUUUUUACAUCUGCAAGGCCAUAGAACAGCCAGUGGUUUUUCCAGGAACAGAGUGACCCAAAAUUAUUUUUUAAAACAUGGGUGGUUAUGACUCUCUGGAGCAGGGUAACUCACAACAAUUUUUAGAAACCAGACAGUUAUUACAGUUAUUGAAAAUAACAACAUUCCUUAAAGACUAAGUGGUUGAGAAACCGGUCAUCAUGACCGACUGUUUCAUGGGUUCCCUUUCCCAGAGCUAUGUGUGUGGUCAGGGCGAUUUCAAAUACAUGAUACCAUGCUGGGUUUAAGGACCCUCUUUAAGGAGGGUCCUUCAAAAGGUAGGCGUGAAAAUCCAGAAAGAUACACAACAAGGUGGAAAAUUAUCCAUCUGUUUCACAAGUAAAUACAUCAAUGCUCAGAAACAAAAGUCUCUUUUGUGAUGACUACACGUGAGUUUAAUUAGAAAUUGGGUAGGAAUUCCAUCCCAGUUUCCAUUAUGCUUAAGAGCUGGACAGUAGCUGGGCCUAGAGCAAGCCCAGAUUGAUUAGUUGCAGAUUGGUCCGGUGGCAGGGUCGCAGGAAGCCACCCAACUUGGUUCCAAAUACACCUUCAAAGUAUCUCUAGAGAGAAAAUGCAGUUUCUCUCCAGUUGACCCCACCAUGAUUCCUGAGGCAGGAGUGAGAGGAUUUACCCAGCUGUGACCCAACUCAAGGCCCUAGUGGGAGGAAUUCCUUUCAGAUGGGUGGAAGUGGGUGGAGAGGAAGACACUUUCCUGGAGGCGUUUGGGAAACCAUCACCCUCCAUGGCAGUCUGAAAUCAGUUAGCAGCUUGAGGGUAUUUCACUCAACUGAACCCUGGUGUGCAGUAAGGUAAACUCUUCAGACCUGUUUCUUCAGCCAGAAAACUCUCCCAAGUGCAACGUUUUCCAAGGCCAUUCCCAGACAGCACCAAACAUCAUUUACCGUGACUGUGAUCACCUGAGGUGCUGGCCAUGGCUCAUUGCACACUCACGAGGUACAAGAGUCCUGCAAUGUGUGCAGAUAGGCGUGCGCAAUGCCACCUGAACACAGCUUUCAGGGAGAAGAAAAAGGGUCACACUAAAGUGGACAUAUUCUCGAAAGAGCUCCAAAGAGUGGUGGUUUCAAUGUGGUCCGCGAUGGCUUCCCAGCGCGGACACCAGUGGCACCUUGAGAACACUAGCGAUUGCUCGCACCUACGUUGCGAGUUCAGAAGUCAAGACGCGCUUGUGAGGGAGGCGGAGUGCGCAAAGGCACCGGGUGGACAGGGGAGCGGCAACGACGUCAAGUCGCCCGGCACAGGACGCCAGAGACCACCGCUGCUACCCCAGCCGUGCACAGCACAAGGUCGACCUCCCCGGGACGCUCGUCCGGUCCGCGGGCGAGGUCAGACCCCGGCAAUUGGCUCUGGAGAACAAAGGGGCCGCCCCGCGGGCUGCUCCGAUAGGGCCCGGAGUGUCAUCUGAGCCGUACAGCCAAUCCGCAGACGGGGCGGUGCAGGGCAGCCAGCCAAUCCGGAGCGCCGCCCGCCCGCGCCUGGACUGGCCGUGGCCGGGAUCCCGGGAUCCCGGGGUCCAAGUCGCUUCUUGGGUAGCAGUUCCCGUUAACCUUAGCCACAGAGUCAAAGGCCACUGUCAAGGAAGCCCCUUAACCCAUCCUCAGAUCAAUGUGGGCUUGAGGGACGCACAUCCUCUUCCUCAAGGGGAGAUCUGAGAACCUCCUUGGCACAGAGGUACAGAUGUUUCCCUCACCUAUCCUUAUGCAGAUGCUGUACCAGCUUUCUGGCAAUUCCCUGGGGCCUGUGUUAUGAUAAAGUGCAAAGGAGACCUUGUCGGAUUCCAUGGCAGGUGCAGGUGACCAAGGGGCAGGGUUGAGACCUCAUCAGCACAGUGGGAGGCCUUCAGGGAUGGAGAGCGGCCUGACUGGCAAUGGCUCAGGAGAUGGACUGGUGGGAAUCAAGCAGGAGAAGCCAGAGUGGCAGCUGCAGGCUGUGGUGUCUCAGGCCUCACUUCCGGAGAAGGACAAGGAAAACAUAUUUCUGCAGCCAGGCGGCCUCCCACCGUGCCAGACCAUGGGGCGACCCUGGGCUCUGGGGUCACAGGAGGAGGUUGGGGGUGCAUGGUGGGCCCCACCCCCUGAGCAGGACGCAGGACUGGAGGCUCGAGUUCCAGGGACAGCCCCAGGCCCUCUGAGCCCCGCACUUUCUGGGGGUGGGGGUCACUUUGUGUGCAUGGAUUGUGGGAAAAGGUUCAGCUGGUGGUCAUCCCUGAAGAUCCACCAGCGCACACACACGGGCGAGAAGCCUUACCUCUGCAGCAAGUGUGGCAAGAGCUUUAGCCAGAAGCCCAACCUGGAGCGCCACCAGCGCCACCACACUGGCGAGAGGCCUUUCUGCUGCCUAGAGUGCCCAAGGCGCUUCAGUCAGAAACAGCACCUGCUCAAGCACCAGAAGACACACACUCGGCCCACCACCCACCCGUGUCCAGAAUGCGAGCGCUGCUUCCGGCACCAAGUGGGCCUCCGCAUCCAUCUGCGAGUGCAUGCCCGUGACCGCCUGGGUGUCCAUGUCAGCUUGCAUGAGAUGCUACCUUAUGCUGCACGCCGCCGCCGGGCCUGUCGCUUGCGCCCUGGAUCCCCACGCGGGCGCCCUGAGUGGGUGUGGCUGGGGCUCUACCAGGGCUGGUGGGGUCAGCACAAGGUACGGACAGCAGCCCACAGCCGCUUAUGUCCCAGUGAGCAACGCCAAUUCAUCUGCAAUGAGUGCGGCAAGAGCUUCACGUGGUGGUCAUCACUGAAUAUCCAUCAGCGCAUCCACACAGGCGAGCGACCCUAUGGGUGCCCGGAGUGCGGCCGCCGCUUCAGCCAGAAGCCCAACCUCACAAGGCACUUGCGCAACCACACUGGUGAGAGGCCGCACCCAUGCUCGCACUGUGGCCGCAGCUUCCGCCAGAAGCAGCACCUGCUCAAGCACUUGCGCACGCACCUGCCUGGAGGCCAGGCUGCAAGGUGCACCAGCUGUGGACAGAACUGCCCCAGCCGUGCCGCGCUGCGGGCCCACCAGCGCAUGCAUGCUGCAACAGAGCUGCUGCGUUCGCGGUCUGCUGUCCAGGGUGGCGUACCCGGUUCAGAGUCGCAAGCUGAGACUGUCCAGAGUGUGGCUGUGAAGCCCCAUGGUUCCCAGGGUGCCAAGAAAGUGCCAUGUGGUCAGGGGUGCGAGACCCUGGCUGCAUCUAGUGAGCAGCGCCAGUUCAUCUGUAACGAGUGCGGCAAGAGCUUCUCGUGGUGGUCAGCGCUCACCAUCCACCAGCGCAUCCACACCGGCGAGCGGCCCUAUGCGUGCCCAGACUGUGGCCGCUGUUUCAGCCAGAAGCCCAACCUCACACGACACCGGCGCAACCACACCGGUGAGAGACCCUACCUGUGCACUGCCUGUGGCCGUGGAUUCCGUCAAAAGCAGCAUCUACUGAAGCACCAGCGUGUGCAUCGCGGAGCUCAGGCACCACACCCCGGCCCAGAGGAGGAAGAAGAGCCGUAGUACGUGCCAGCCUGUAGAGCUGGUGGUGGUGGGUGGUAGAAGGUGUGCCUGCAGGGUGUUACACGGGGAACAGGAGGGCCAGGAACGCUGACUCUUGAUGCUCCUCAAGGUUCUGAGGCCUGAGGAAGGUAUUCCAGAAGCAUCUCAAGGGAAGCCCGAGAAGGGCAUAGUGGGGGAGGUGAGAUCAAAGCUGUCUGUGAUGAGAACGAGUCCAUUAGUACACCGUUCAGCGCUGGCUCCCAGCCUUAGGCACCUUGUGAGGGGCUGUGAGAAAGCCUCCUUAUGUGAAAUGGCCUGGAACUGAUCAAUGGUAGCACUGUCCCUUCACAUAGGGUACAAGAUUGUUAGAGGGGUGGUCCCUAUGGAGAGAUGGUCACAGAUUCCAGGAUCCCAGCAAUAGGGCAAAGGCCUUGGCUAGCAGGGGGUAAUUGUUUCCCCAGCACCAAGGACAGUGCCACUUGUGACACUCUGAAGGAUGAUCUGAUUGUCUCUCUUGAGUGUCUCCCUGCUCAUGGUGCUAGGCGUGGCAGACCUGGCCUUAGAACUGAUAAUGUGUGUGAUGAUUAAGGGAUGGGGUACAGUCACAUGGUCUCAGCCAUAGCUUGGCCGCUUGGGAAAAGCGGCUGUGCAAGAGUGGGGACUCUGUUCCAAGUGUGUGACUGACUCGCAGAAAAUGAAGGACUGAGUAUUCCACA